AUGAUAUCGCUCCUCCACCUUCUCUCCUAUCUCGGGGGCAUGACGGCCUUCCUCUUCAUCACGUUAUCACUAGCAAGCGGGCUCCUCUGGGUGGCCGAGCUCAUCGAGGAGCACUCUCGCUAUGCGCGCGUCGUCGGCGUACGCGCCAUCUACGCGAUCAUCGUGCUGCACGCGCUGCUGUACGUUAUCGACGGCUUGCCGUUCCUCCACAUCGUCUUCUCGAUCUUCUGUCACGUUGUGUACCUACAGCACUUUGCGGCGGGCUCGUGGCCGUUCAUCUCCCUCAUCUCCCCUGUAUUCAUCCUCAGUUGUAUCUUAGUGGUCACCGACCACUUCCUCUGGUUCUUCUACUUUGCCGAUAUCGCCCAGGAAGCCAAACGUGCCCGCGCCGCGAGAUACCGGUACGCGCAGCAUGCGGUGCGCGACGCGCCUUCCUUCAUGGACGUUGCUGCAUUCUUCGCGACCUGCGUCUGGUUCAUCCCACUCUUCCUCUUCCUGAGCCUGAGCGCGAACGACAACGUCAUCCCCUCUUUUGACACGUCGGCUCCUCCAUCGCCGAGGGGGAGCACUGUCGACCUCACGCAGAUGGACAGGCCGACUUCGCCGAGGCGGAGACUUAUGGGCGCGUCCCUUGUCAAGACGGUACUCAAUCCUAUCAUUAGCCUCCUCCCCUCUGGGCGGAGGAGGAGGAGCCACGGCAUCAUCGCGCCGCCGACGCCGCGCGGCCAGUCCCCCGCGCCCAGCCACCAGGUCUACUCGCCGUGGGGCGAGUCGCAGGGAUCCACGCCUCCUCGACCCCCCAUGGUCUCGGAACACAGUUUCGGUGCCGUAUCGGGGAGGAACACGCCGCCACCGCUGUCUAGGCCACCCAGGUCGCGGUCCGGGAGCACAAGGAGCGUGAGAGAGGAGAACGGGCUGGUGUCCCCAACACGGGGCCGCCAAGCGCUACCGGUGGUCGACACGGGCGCGCGGAACAAGGCAGACUGA